ACAAAAGCUCGUAGAGUUCGCUUCGUUUUGCAGAAACUAUAAUUUCGUGCUGUGCUCGUUCUGUGUUACCUGUAGCCUAGUUGUAUGUACCAACAAAAGCCAUUGAGCCACAGCCGUUGAAGACGAAGCUUAAGGACAUCCCUCAGCAUGGGGGUGGCUGAAGAUUUCGCUCCCAGCUUUCUUAAAAAGCCACAACUGCAUCAAGAGGAUGAUGGCAAUCGAUUGAUAUUUGAGUGCCAGUUAUUGUCAUCCCCGAAACCAGACAUUGAAUGGUUUCGGAGUGAAAAUAAACUGGUAGAAGAUAACCGAACCAAAUUCAAAAUUCAACCUGUUGAAGAUAAUAAAUAUACGGUAGUAUUAGAGCUCGACGAUGUAGUUGAAACGGAUGCCGGACUUUAUAAAGUCAAAGCCAUGAACAAAUCGGGCGAAGUCUCUGCGUCUAUUAACUUAAAUUUUACACAUGGUAAGUUUUCAGAACUUGAAAACGUCGGACAAAUCGACGGUUUCGCGCCGACAUUCGCGAAAAAACCCGCCAUACGACAGGAAGAAGAUGGAAAAAGACUAUUAUUUGAGUGCCGUGUUAAUGCUGAUCCUUCUCCUACCAUUGUUUGGUUCCACAACGGAGCUGCUGUUAAAGAAUCAUCACGUCAUAAGCUUACUGUUGACAAAGACGUCCAUUCAUAUUUUGCUACACUUGAAAUACAAAAUGUUACAGUUGAGGAUGCUGGCAAAUACAAGGUGAAUGCAAAGAACGAACUGGGCGAAAGCAAUGCGACGAUAAGCCUGAAUUUCGACAGCGACGAAGCUCCAGUGCCGGAAAGCGCAGAAGGCUUUAAGCCAACCUUUACUGAACGACCAGUAAUUCGUCAAAGCGAAGAUGGCGGAAAUGUAACCUUCGAGUGUAGAUGCGUUGGAGAUCCCACGCCAGAAAUCACAUGGUCCCAUGGCGAGACUAUACUAAACAAAUCCAAACGCUACAAAAUGUCACUGACAAUGGAUCAAAAACUUUAUCAUAUGGCGUGUCUCGAGAUAAGCAGUGUAGUGUCCUCUGACCAGGGUGAAUAUCGCGCGCAAGCGAAAAACAAGCACGGCUCUGGUGUUGCAACAAUUAAUCUUAAUUUCGAAAGCGGCUCGAAAAAAAUUCCAGAUGGAAAGUCGCCACGCUUUCCAAAAAAACCAACGAUUCGCCAAGAAGAAGACUUACUCAUCAUGGAAUGCGUAUUGGAAGCGCAUCCGGUCCCGGACAUUGUCUGGUAUUGUACAGAAAAGGAAAUAUCUAAUAAUCAAAGAACGAAAAUGACCCGCAAGGCAAUAUCUAAAGACAGCUACAUUCUGACGCUGGAAAUCCAAAAUCCAACAAAAGAGGAUGGCGGCAAUUAUCGCUGCAAUGCAAUUAAUAUAUACGGCGAAAGUAAUGCAAACAUAGCCCUUAACUUUCAAGGUGCCAGCGAUGCAAAUGGUUUUGCACCGUCUUUUAUUGAAAAACCGAGAAUUAUCCCAAAUGAGUCCGGUACACUGAUUACAAUGAAGUGCAAGUGCAAGGCCAAACCGGAACCCAUAGUAACUUGGUACAGGGGUCAAGAAAUAGUGGAGAAGAGUAAAAAAAUAAAAAUAAACACGACAGUUAUCGCAGAUGAUACUUAUGAGCUAACGCUGGAAAUAAAGGAUCCUGGAGCAACAGAUGGUGGGACUUACAGAUGCAAUGUCAAAAAUGAAUACGGUGAAUCAAAUGCCAAUCUUAACCUUAACAUUGAAGCGGAGCCCGACCCCGAGGGAGAAGGUCCAACGUUUGUUGAAAAGCCGCGAAUUAUAUCUGAAAACAAUGGAAAAUUAGUAAUAAUGGAGUGUAAAGUCAAGGCAGAUCCAAAACCAGAUGUCAUUUGGUACCGCAACGGAGAAGUUGUAAAGGAAAGUAAUAAAAUUAAGACGUUUAUUGAACAGCGUGGAGAUCAGUACUACAUUAAACUGGAGCUAUUAGACCCACAACUAGAGGACUCUGGUCUUUACAAGUGCAAUAUUAAGAACACGUUGGGAGAGUUAAAUGCUAAUCUUACCCUAAAUAUAGAAAUUGUUCCGGUUAUUAAAGACAAGCCAAAAAUUAUUAAGAUUAUUAAAAAACGAACUGUAGUCAUUGAGUGCACAGUUGCUUCGAAAUUCGAGCCAAAGUGCACCUGGUACAAAGAAACAAACACCGUAAAAGAGAGCAAGAGACACGUUUACAUAGUAGAACAAACUAAAGAUGGAGAGUUCGCAGUCAAACUGGAGAUCAACAACGUAGAUGAUAGUGAUAAGGGCGCUUACAAGCUGGUGGCCAGUAACGAAAAAGGAGAGGCGGUAUCUCAAAUUGUAAAUCUCGUCGACAUUCCUGAAGAGGAACGCAAGCCAAGCAAGCCAGAAAUCUCCAGAAAGCUUGUUGAUCAGAAGGUCAGCGAAUCAAAAACUUUCGAACUUUUGAUCAGCAUUGCGCAUUCAGAUCGCAAGUGCAAAAUCGAAUGGUAUAAGGGUAGCACACUAAUACGAGAAACAAAGGAUAUUACCACCACGUUUGAUGGAACAACCGCGCGACUUACGUUUAGCUCUGCAAGAACAGAACAUACGUCUAAUUAUAAAGUCGUAGUGACCAAUGAAGUCGGCAAAGAUGAAUCAUCGUGUAAAGUUACUGUGGAGAAAAGUACCAAGAAGAAAGAAGGGCAGCCCAAAUCUAAGACUGAAAAGGAUACCGACCAAAAGGAGAAAGAGAAAGAAGGAGAAGAAACUCCUUCCGAUCAACCUGCAAUAAGCACAGAUACGCAAGCCGAAGAAGAGCUUCACAUUAAGGAGACAGACCCAACAAAAAAACUAACUGGUAAUGAAAAUAGCUCGGAAAAUAAAAAUGAAUCGUCGGAAGCAAAUGAAAAUCAAGUUAACCCUCCGAAAUCAAAACAUAACAAAAAUAAUGAGAAAGAUUUCUCGAAGCCAAAGCACGAGGAACCCAAACAGAAUAUCGGUGAUAAAAACGAUAAAAACAACAAGAAACAAGAAAAAACUUCUUCAGAUAAACCCAAAGAGAAUAAUAAAGAUCCAGAGAAGCAACAGGAAACUCAGCAAAUAGGGCUGAAAAAAGUAGAACGAAAGGGAAGUAUUGUGUCUGAAAAAGAAGAGAUCUCAUCAGAGGUACGGCGCCAAUCAAUAUUCAUAGAAGAGGAGAAAAUCGUAGCCGAUGACAAAAAGGUAUCGUCAAGAAGGUCUUCUCUGGCGGUUGAAGAAAGUAAGACAGAUUCCCGACGAUCAUCCGUCAUUGAAAAAAAACCUUUGGAUCAGGUUGAUAGAAAACAACUUGACGCUAACAAAAAUCCACAAGCCCUAAAAGAAGAAAUCCCCAAGCUAAAGCCUGCUGAAAAGCGACGAACUUCAAAGGUCGUAGAAGAAGAAAAACAAGUUGAAGAACUGCCAAAGCUGCGUAAAACCUCGAUCUCUCAAGUGAAAGAGGAGCCAAAACCCGAAGUGGCGAAACCAAAGGCAAAGGCUAAAGGAAAACCGAAACCCAAAUACGAUGAGCUUCCAGAAAUUCCAGACUACGAACGUCCCCAACUUGAGAAGUAUGAAAAAUCCGAGUUUACACCAUCCGAUUUUGCUCGUGAUCUGGAAAUACCAAACAAGAUGGAGAAACCCAUAUUGGACAGCGGGAAAAAAGAAUCUGAGGACCCUACACAGAAAAAAGGAAUGCCUAGAAAGGCGGAAAUCAUUGAAAAGCCCGCGGAGAAUAUUAAGAGUUUAAAAAUCGGUAAGGGAAAACUUCCUGAUGAAGAUGACAGUCGAGAUGGCGCUACUCUUAAACCAGUCAUUAUUGAGCCCGAGGACAAAUCUGAUGCCGAAAAUAAAAAACUUGAGCAGGCUGAGAAACCAUCUGUACUAGAUAUAAUAAAGCAGCGACGUCGAUCCUCUAUCAGAAAUCUUAUGACUAAGGAGCCAAUUCAAAAUGAAUCAUUCCUUGGUGUAGUUUUAAAACCUGUGAUAAAGGAUUCAAAAGAGCAAACUGCUCCCCAGCAAGCUAUACAAUUAACAAAGGCAAAUGCGACGGAACAGAUCUCUUCUACAAGGGAAAUCAAAGCGCAAAUAUCUGACUUGAAAAAGCCUGAAGCUCUAGCAACCCUUGAGGAUGACUACGAGCGACCCCUUUUAGAAAAAUAUAAACCUGUUAGCAUUGAUAAAAACAAAUCAGAGACACCCACACCUGCCAUUAACAUUCCGGACACGAAACAUCCUGAAGUCAAACUGCCUUUAGAAACAACAAAGGAGGAGAAGCAAAAGGUUCCCAGGAUGCAACCACCUGCUCCUGGGGAGCCACCAAAAAUAGAAGUGAUACGAGAGAAGCGACCAUCAUUAGCACCAGAGCCUCCAAGUCGCCGCGGGUCUCUCAUACCACCAGCCGAUACUGGUCGCCGACCAUCUCUGAUCAUCAAUGAUGAAAAGAAACUCCGUCCCGGCGAAGUAAUGGACACUCGGUUGUUGAGGCCAGGCGAGGUUGGUGAAGGACAGCGGCGGAGACCGUCGAUUGAUGUACGCCGCCCAAGCGUACAAGAUCUGGAAGAUCUUAUAAACAAGCCUUCUACUCCAUUGCGCGAUGUGGGUGAUGGUGGUCCUCCUUCAAUUGUCGAUGUCCAAGAGUCCUACUCCGUUGUGGAAGACUCGACCGCUUACCUUACGGUUGGCGUCGAAGGCAGUCCAGCACCAACAUUCAAGUUCUACAAAGGAGUUAGUGAAAUUCUUGAGGGCGGUCGGUUUAAGUUCCUUACAGAUGGGCAGACAAACACAAUUACAUUGUGUAUGCGUAAGUGCAAGCCCAAUGAUGAGAGCAAAUACAAGAUUGUUGUUUCGAACAUACACGGUGAGGACUCAGCCGAGAUGCAGCUCUAUGUAUCUGAUUCAAGUGGCAUGGACUUUCGGGCCAUGCUCAAGAAACGACGUUAUCAAAAAUGGGACAAAGACGAACAGGACCCCAAUUGGGGUGAUCUUAAAGAAACGGAAAAACCGUUGCCAGCCCUUAAAAAAGUUGAAAGGAAGGUUGAGUCAUUCCUCAGCCCACUUAUCGACCAGUUCGCAAAAGAGGGAAAGGACAAAAAAGUUGUAUUUGAAGCCAGAUUCAGUAAACCUAAUUGCAAGCCCAAGUGGCUGUUUCGAAAAGACGAGGUGUUCACGGGCAGUAAAUUUAAAUUCAAACAGGAAAAUGAUACUUAUCAGUUGAUUAUUACGACACCAAAGGUGGAAGACACCGGCAAGUAUACUAUUGAAAUCGGUGGUGUUUCUAGUACGGCAUUUUUAAAUGUCGAAGAAGCUGAUCCCACCUACACUUUUACAAAGCCUCUUAAAAAGAAACUUGAGGGAUUUACUCAGCAUGAGACUACUCUAGAGUGCUCUGUCAGCAGCAGUAUGGCGAAUGUGCAUUGGUUCAAAGAUAAUACAAAAUUGGAGUCCGAUGAUCCUCGGUACCUUAUCUCCAAAGACAUAAACGGCAACCUAAAGCUCAUCAUCAAAGACUCUGUAGUUGAGGAUGCUGGUCUUUACAGAUGUCAACUGGAUAAACAACCUGAUAAGACUGAGUGUAACCUUAAGAUUACAGAGUACCCUUACAAGUUUGUUAAGGUUCUAAAAUCUCAGCAAUGUAUUGAGAAAGACACUGUGACACUUGCCUGCGAAAUCGACGAUGCCAUGGGUGAAGUGCAAUGGUUCCGUAACGGCGAAGAAAUCAAACCUGACAAACGCAUUCAAAUUUUAAAAGAUGGUCGAAAGCGGAAGUUAGUCAUAAAGGACUGCAAAGUAACCGAUGCCGGGCUAUUUAAAUGUUCAACAAAUGCCGACACCACAGAGGCGGAAAUAAUUAUUAACUAUCAAAACCGCUUUAACAAAAAACUUAAAGAUACAGAUGCUGUUGAGAGAGAAAGAUUAGUUCUUGAUGUCGAGCUUCAGGAUCAAACGGCGCCAUGCGACUGGAAAUUAAACGGAGAGCCCAUAGUACCCAGUGAACGAAUUGAGGUUAAGAACCUGGGUGGUGGAAAGCAUCAACUCAUAUUUAACAGUCUGGAUAUGUCUAAUGAGGGCGAAAUAACUUGUGAAUCUGGACAGCUAAGCUCAAAAUGCAAGCUCUCUAUCCGCAAGGGAGAAAGUAGACCGAAUAUUGAUUGCCCUGAUACAUUUGCCGGACCUAUCAGUGCACCUGUUCUUGUAAAAGUGCCAUUUAAAGUUUCUGGAACAAAGCAAACACCGAUAGAGGCCAAAUUAUUCAAAGACGGCAAACCGUUGCCCGUAAAGGAUGUGGAGGUUGCAGUCACUGAUGAUAAUGUCACAUUUAAAAUAAAGAAACCGUCUAGAGAUUUAUCCGGUCCAUAUCAAAUUAAAAUUUCCAACGGACAAGGUGAAGAUACCAAAGACGUUCAAAUCAUUUGUCAAGAUGUUCCGCAGCCUCCACAGGAUGUUGAUAUUACAGACGUCUAUCAAACAUCCUGUGUAGUAAACUUUAAGCAACCGGCUGACGAUGGCGGAACUCCUAUAAUAAAUUAUGUGAUCGAACGGCAGGACUUGAGCAAGAAACAAGGCUGGGAGCCGGUCGCUGAGGUUCAACCUAGUGAACCAUGUCGAAAAAAAAUCGACGAUUUGGUCCCAAAAAAACAGUACAGAUUCCGUAUUCGUGCUGUCAACGCGAUUGGCCCCUCAGAUCCGGCAACAUUCAAGAACUCGAUUCUCGCAAAAGAUCCUUGGGAUGAGCCUGGAAAGCCCAAAGCAGUUGAUCUUACCGAUUGGGACAAAGAUCAUGCUGACCUCAAGUGGGAAGCACCCGAUAGUGAUGGCGGGGAUCCGAUAACUGCAUAUAUUGUAGAAUAUAAAGAAAAGUUUUCAAACGACUGGGUUGCCGGCAAAGAGGUUGAUGGUGAUUCUAGAACUGCCACCGUUGAUCAGCUAAACGAGGGACAGCAGUACGAAUUCCGAGUCCGUGCUGUAAAUAAAGCCGGCCCAGGUGAACCUAGCGACAAGACCAAAUCUAUUAUUGCAAAAUGCCGUUUCGUAAAGCCCUUCCUUGUUGGGGAUGGUCUUAAAAACAUUACCGUUAAAAAGGGACAAACUAUUCGUUUCGAUGUUAAAUAUGACGGUGAACCGGAGCCAACUGCAACUUGGGUAAAAGGAACCAACAACCUUAAUUUUGACAACCAGCGUAUUUGCUUAGACCAGUUGGAGAGAAACUCAUCAAUUACUAUUAAAAAAUCAGUGCGAAAGGACACAGGCAAAUACAAAUUAGUAUUAUCAAAUAGCUCGGGCUCAAUUGAGUCUGAGGCACAAGUUGUCGUUCUUGACAGACCAUUAGCUCCAGGUGGACCGUUCGAACCUGAAGAAGUACGAGCUAACCAUAUUAAAAUGAAAUGGAAUUGUCCGGAGGAUGAUGGUGGUUGUGAAAUUACUGGAUAUGCUCUAGAGCGCAUGGAUGAAGAGACUGGCCGCUGGAUACCUGCAGGCGAAGUUGGUCCAAAUGAGACUUCAUUUGACUUUAAGGGACUGACGCCGAAUAAGAAGUAUAAGUUCCGCGUCAAGGCCAUUAACAAGGAAGGUGAAUCCGACCCACUGGAAACAUCCGACGCCAUCGUGGCGAAGAAUCCUUAUGACCCCCCAAGUGCACCCAGUCAGCCAGUUAUCGAUGACUAUGAUAACAAGAGUGUUGUAUUAAAAUGGAAGCGACCGCCAUCAGAUGGUGGGCGCCCAAUUACACAUUAUAUUGUCGAAAUUAAAGACAAAUUCUCACCCACCUGGAGUGAGGUGAAGAAGACUGAGGAUCCCACACCAGAGUUAACCGUUGAGGGCCUUAAGGAAAGCAUGGUGUAUCAGUUCCGUGUUAGAGCUGUGAAUAAGGCCGGACCCUCUGAACCUUCGCAGCCAACAGACAAUCACAUAUGCAAAUAUAAAAAUCUGAAGCCUCAAAUCGACCAGUCAACUUUUAAGCGAAUUGUAUUAAAGAGCGGUCGUACUCAUAAAUGGUCGGUUGACGUAAUCGGUGAACCAGUACCAGAACUCUUCUGGAGUUGGAGGGAUGAUAUUCCAUUAACCAACGGAGACAGAAUAAAGAUAGAAAAUGUUGACUACCAUACGGACUUUAGAAUUACAAAUGUUUUGCGCAAAGAUAGUGGUUUCUACACCUUAAAGGCAGAAAACCGUAAUGGCAUUGACCGCGAAACCGUGGAAUUAGUUGUUCUAGGGAAACCCAGUUCGCCAAAGGGACCCCUUGCCGUAGACGACGUGACAGCAACUGGUUGCAAACUUCAAUGGAAGAAACCUGAAGAUGAUGGUGGAGUGCCAAUUAAGGAAUAUGUGGUUGAAAAAAUGGACACGUCAACAGGAAAGUGGGUUCGAGUAGGAAGAUCUCCUGGUGAAAAGGAACCACCCAGCUUUGACGUAACUGGCUUAAAUCCUGGAUCCGAGUACAUGUUCCGCGUUUCUGCCGUUAACGAGGAAGGGGAGUCUGAGCCCCUUACCACUUUGAUAGGAAUUGUGGCAAAAGAUCCUUUCGAUGAGCCUAACAAGCCGGGCACUCCGGAAGUGUAUGAUUAUGAUAAUCAAAGUGUAAGUUUAAAAUGGACACCCCCCAACAAUGAUGGAGGAGCCCCGAUUCAAAAAUACAUAAUCGAAAAAAAGGAUAAAAAUAAGCCUGAUUGGGAGAAGGCUGCAGAAAUACCAGGAGAUCAACUGGAAGCUAAUGUUGGUGGUCUUCAAGAGUAUGGAGAAUAUCAGUUCCGCGUAAUAGCAGUCAACAAAGCUGGACUUUCGCCUCCAUCAGAUUCUAGUGUUCCCCAAAUUGUAAAGUACAAAAAAUUGAAGCCACGUAUCGACAGAUCAAACUUAAAGCCGCUGUUGAUUCGGGCCGGAAAGCCUGUUAAGUACGAUGUUAAUGUACGUGGUGAGCCUGCACCGACAAUAACAUGGUACCACAACAAUUUUGAGCUCAAGCAAGAGGAACUGCCUAGCAAUUGCGAAAUCAAGAACAUCCCUUAUAACACAAAAAUAUCAAUUAUUAAUACAAUGCGAAAACAUACUGGAGUUUACAAAAUAAAGGCUAUAAACGAGCAUGGAGAGGAUGAAGCUACCGUUGAGGUCAACAUUCUAGCUCCACCAGGCAUGCCAAAGGGUCCAUUGGAAGUUAAAGAUGUUACAAAAGACAGCUGUAAGCUAAAAUGGAAAAAACCUGAGGAUGACGGUGGAAAACCAAUUACAGCGUAUCAGGUUGAAAAGUUUGAUAAAAAACAAGGUCGAUGGGUACCUGUCGGUCGGACCUCUGCAAACGAUACCGAGUUUGAUGUCAAAGGACUUCAAGAAGGCCAUGAAUAUCAGUUUCGAGUCAAGGCCAUAAAUGAAGAGGGGGAGUCGGAUCCCCUGGAAACCGAUAGCAGCAUCAUAGCGAAAAAUCCCUAUGAUUUAGCUAGUAAGCCAGGUACACCUCGCAUUGAGGAUUACAACGAGAAUAUGGUAAUAUUAAAGUGGGAAGCACCUAAGUCUGACGGAGGAGCUCCAAUCACUGGUUACAUCAUUGAAAAAAAAGAUAGGUUUUCCCCUGUUUGGGAUGAAAUACUCAGCACCAACACAACUGCCCCUGAAGCAACCGUUACAAAUCUUGUUGAAGGAAAUGUAUACCAGUUUCGAAUUCGGGCAGUUAAUAAAGCCGGUCCAAGCGAGCCAAGCGAUGCAACACAGCCUCAUUUGGCUAAACCAAGGAAUCUUAAGCCAUCAAUUAACAGAGAAAAAAUGAAGCCUAUUAAGGUUCGCGCUGGCCAAACUGUUAAGUUUGAUGUGGACGUUAAAGGUGAACCAGCACCCAUUUUAACAUGGUUCCUAAAAGAAACACAGUUGACGACUACGCCCCAAGUUCGGUUAGAAAACGAAGAUUACAAUACUAAACUGACAUUGCUAGAUUCAUCUAGAAACCAAAGUGGCGAGUAUAAGCUACGUGCGGAAAAUAUUAAUGGCGUUGACGAAGCUUUGGUUGAAGUCAUCAUCUUGGAUAAACCCUCAAAGCCCCAAGGACCAUUAGAGGUAGCGGACAUUCAUAAGGAAGGCUGCAAACUUAAUUGGAAGAAGCCAAAAGAUGAUGGAGGUAUACCUAUCACUGGUUAUGUUGUUGAAAAGAUGGAUGUAGCCACAGGUAAAUGGGUACCUGCCGGUUCGGUUGAUCCAGAAAAGACUGAUAUUGAGAUAAAGGGUUUGGACCCAAAUCAUCGCUACCAAUUUAGAGUAAAGGCUGUUAACGAAGAGGGUGAAUCUGAACCUCUGGAAACUGAAUCGGCUAUUACUGCCAAAAAUCCGUUCGACGUAUCUGCACCACCUGGCCUACCAGAGUUUGAAGACUGGGAUGAGCAUCAUGUCAAACUAAAAUGGGAACCUCCUAUUAGGGAUGGCGGCUCCCCUAUUACCAGUUAUAUAAUCGAAGUAAUGGAUAAAGAUUCGGGAGAAUUUGUAAAAGCUGUUGAAACAGAUAGUCCGGUUUGUAAAGGAGUUGUUAAAAAGCUUGAGGAAGGGCAGCAAUACAAAUUUAGAGUUCGUGCAGUUAACAAGGCUGGUCCAUCUGAACCAUCUGAGCAAACUAAUUGGCAUAUAGCCAAACCUCGAUUCCUGAAACCUUAUAUCGACCGAAACAAUUUGAAACCUGUGGUUGUUAAAACUGGCUUAUCAAUUAGUUUGGACAUUAAUAUAAGAGGAGAGCCAGCUCCGAAAGUGGAAUGGUUCUUUAAUGCUAUGCCCUUGAUAAGCAACGAGGAGAGUAUUAAAAUCGAUAACGUUGAUUACAAUACCAAAUUCUUUGUGAUGCGCGCUCAAAGAUCCCAAAGCGGGAAAUACAUUAUCAAAGCUAGAAACGAAGUUGGUGAAGACGAAGCAGAGCUGGAAGUCACAGUUUUGGGAAAGCCAGGAAAACCAAAAGGCCCUCUACAUGUUAAUGAUAUAACGAAACAUAGCUGCAAGCUGAAGUGGGAGAAACCAGAUGAUGAUGGCGGUACACCUAUUGACUAUUAUGAAAUAGAAAAACUUGAUCCCCAUACUGGACAAUGGUUGCCAUGUGGAAAGAGUACCGAACCUGAGGCGAAGGUAAUUGGUCUUCAUGAGGGCAAGCCAUAUAAAUUCCGAGUAAGGGCUGUUAAUAAGGAAGGAGAAUCGGAGGACUUAGAAACAGAAAAGCCAAUUAUUGCGAAAAAUCCAUUCGAUGAGCCAGAGAAACCCGGUAGACCCAACCCAACGAAUUGGGAUAAAGAUUUCGUUGACUUAGCUUGGGAUCCGCCGAAGAAUGAUGGCGGCGCACCAAUCCAAAAAUAUAUUAUUCAAAUGCGAGAUAAGUCUGGACGUGCCUGGGUGGAUGCAGCUACAGUGCCAGGAGAUAAAAGUAACGGUACCGUUACCGGCAUAGAAGAAGGCCACGAGUAUGAGUUUCGUAUAGUUGCCGUCAACAAGGCUGGACCUAGUGAACCCAGCGAUGUUUCAAAAUCGGUGGUGGCUAAGCCACGUUUCUUAAAACCACAUAUUGACCGAAAAAACUUGCAAAAAAAAAUUAUGCGCAGUGGACAAAUGCUUCAUAUGGACGCUGCUGUAAAAGCAGAACCUCCGGCUAAAAUAACAUGGACUUACAAUGGAACUGAAAUUAAAACGUCAGACAACCUAAAAAUAGAAAACGAGGACUAUAAAACAACAUUCAUUAUACCAAAAGUUAAACGCGUUAAUCGCGGAAAGUACGUUGUCACUGCAAAAAAUGAUUCCGGUUCUGACUCUGUAGAAGUUGAGCUGGAAGUGGUAUGCAAGCCAAGUAAGCCCAAGGGCCCUCUGGCUGUAUCCGAAGUAACGGCCGAGAGUGCUCACCUGAAAUGGGACAAGCCUGAAGAUGAUGGCGGAGAGCCCAUAGAACAAUAUAUUGUGGAACGCAUGGAUACGGAAACAGGUCGAUGGGUACCUGUUCUUACAACUAAGAUCCCUGAAGCCGAUAUUACAGGUCUCACAGAAGGAAAGGAAUAUCUAUUUAGAGUAAAAGCUGUCAAUUCCGAAGGCGAAUCGGAACCACUGGUGACUGAUAUUCCUACAAAGGCCAAGAAUCCUUUCGACGCUGCCGACACCCCAGGUAAGCCGCAAAUCAGUGAUUGGUCAGCUAGCCACUGUGAUCUUAAGUGGAGGGCUCCCGAAGAUGAUGGCGGAGCUCCCAUCACCGGCUAUCUUGUGGAAAAGAAAGACCCUAAUACAGGAAAGUGGCAAAAAGCUCUAGAAACAAAUACGCCCGAAUGUAAGGCCCGUGUAAAUGAUUUAAUCACAGGCAAGAAAUAUCAAUUCCGAGUUAAAGCUAUUAAUAAGGCAGGAAAAAGCAAACCCUCCGAACCAUCAGACCAGAUGACUGCGAGGGACCGAUUUGCACCACCUAAAAUAGAUAGAACCAACAUUAAGGACAUUACGAUAAAAGCUGGACAACACAUUCGAUAUGACAUAAAAGUAUCUGGAGAACCUCCGGCGACCAAAGUUUGGCUUCACAACAAAGCCCGAAUCGACAAUGAAGAUAGUGACUACAAUAUUGACAUGGAAUCAUAUCGCACUAAACUAGCAGUACCAAUUUCAAAGCGAUUUCAUUCAGGAAAAUAUACACUUAAAGCCGAGAAUGAAUCUGGUCACGAUGAGGCAUCAUUCGAAGUUAUUGUGUUAGACAAACCAGGGGCACCAGAAGGACCGUUACGCAUCACAGAUGUGCACAAAGAAGGAUGCAAGCUUAAGUGGAAUGCUCCCUUAGACGAUGGUGGCUUGCCAAUAGAGCACUACAUUGUUGAAAAAAUGGACGUUGAAAGCGGGCGUUGGCUGCCAUCUGGUCGCUUCAAGGAACCCUUUGCUGAGUUGAAUAAUUUAGAGCCGGGUCACGAAUACAAGUUUCGAGUGCUUGCUGUAAAUACUGAAGGUGAAUCCGAACCAUUGACUGGAGAACAGUCUAUUAUAGCCAAGAAUCCCUUCGAUGAACCUGGAAAGCCAGGAACGCCGGAAGCAGUAGACUGGGAUAAAGAUCAUGUAGACUUAGUUUGGAGACCGCCUAUUAACGAUGGUGGAUCGCCUAUCACUGGCUAUAUAGUAGAAAAACGUGAAAAAGGUACUGACAAAUGGAUAAAAGGAACUGAAGUUACAGCUCCUCGUUUUGGAGAAGAGUGCAAAGCUUCUGUGCCAAACCUCAAUGAAAACUGUGAAUACGAAUUUCGAAUCAAAGCAAUAAAUGCUGCAGGGCCUGGUGAGCCAUCUGAUGCCAGCAAAUCAGUUAUUACCAAGCCAAGAAAGUUGGCUCCCAAAAUUGACCGUAAAAAUAUACGAACAUACAACGUGAAGGCUGGAGAGAUAAUAUUCUUGGAUAUUAAUGUCAGCGGAGAGCCUGCACCAGAUGUUACUUGGAAUCAAAACAAUAAGUCGGUUCAGGCGACUUCAGUUAGUUACAUACAGGAUGUACCUUAUAACACUAAAUACAUAAAUAACAACCCUGAAAGAAAGGACACAGGACUCUACAAAAUAUCUGCUCAUAACCUCUAUGGGCAAGAUCAGGUGGAGUUCCAAAUUAACAUUAUAACAAAACCUGGAAAGCCUGAAGGUCCUUUAGAGGUAUCUGAUAUUCACAAAGAUGGUUGUAAGUUAAAAUGGAAAAAACCUAAGGAUGAUGGUGGUGAGCCAAUAGAUAGUUACAUUGUUGAGAAAUUCGACCCAGACACGGGUAUUUGGCUGGCUGUUGGGAAAACUGACACACCGGAGUACACCGUUGAUAGCCUAGUGCCAGGUCACGAAUACAAGUUCCGGGUGAAAGCUGUAAACAAAGAGGGUUAUUCGGAACCACUGGAAACAUUGGGUUCAAUUAUUGCAAAGGAUCCAUUUACCGCGCCAUCAAAGCCUGGCGUUCCAGAAGCUACCGAUUGGACUGCAAAUAAGGUAGAACUGGCCUGGCCGGAACCAGCAAGUGACGGUGGAUCACCAAUCACAGGCUACAUUAUUGAGGUGAAAGACAAGUACAGCCCGCUCUGGGAAAAAGCUCUAGAAACCGUCUCACCAACUCCUAUUGCGACAGUUCAAGGCCUUAUCGAAGGAAAUGAAUAUCAAUUCCGAGUAAUUGCCUUGAAUAAGGGUGGUCAAUCGGAGCCUUCGGACGCGAGCAAAAUUUUUAUAGCCAAGCCGCGUUAUCUUGCUCCCAGGAUAGAUCGCAGAAAUCUUCGUGAUAUAUCACUAUCGUCCGGAACAGCUCUUAAAUUAGAUGCAAAUAUUAUUGGCGAGCCAGUUCCAAAAGUAGAGUGGAAAUUUUCCAACUACAGUUUGCAAUCAGGAAAAAAUGUUACAAUCGAGACUCCCGACUACUACACAAAACUAGUUAUACGUCCAACGCAGAGAAAUGACUCUGGAGAAUAUUUAGUCAUAGCCACAAACAGUUCUGGAAAAGAUAGUGUGCUUGUAAAUGUUAUUAUAACAGAUAAGCCCACUCCUCCCAACGGACCACUUCAAAUAUCCGAUGUACACAAAGAGGGUUGCCACCUUAAAUGGAAACGUCCUAGUGACGAUGGCGGAACUCCAAUUGAGUACUUCCAAAUUGACAAAUUAGAUCCGGAAACCGGAUGUUGGAUUCCAACUUGUCGUUCAUCUGAGCCACAAGUGGAUGUAACAGGUCUUACGCCCGGAAACGAAUACAAAUUCCGAGUGUCAGCUGUAAAUUCUGAAGGUGAGUCCCAACCCUUGGUUGGUGAGGAAACAAUAAUUGCCAAAAAUCCUUUCGAUGAACCUGGUAAGCCCGAAAACCUUAAAGCAACUGAUUGGGAUAAGGAUCAUAUAGACUUAGCAUGGACCCCUCCGCUGACCGACGGUGGAUCACCCAUAUGUGGUUAUAUUGUUGAAAAGAAAGAUAAAUAUGGUAAGUGGGAGAAGACCCUUGACGUUCCAGCCGAUCAAUGCAAAGCAACCAUUCCUGAUCUUGUGGAAAACCAAGUCUAUGAGUUCCGAGUUUCCGCGGUCAAUGCUGCAGGACCAGGAGAGCCAUCUGAUGCCACCCCACCAGUAAUUGCUAAAUCUCGCAACAAGCCACCUGUUAUAGAUAGAUCUAACUUGAUUGAAAUUCGUAUUAAAGCUGGACAGGCAUUCACAUUCGACUGUAAGGUAUCUGGGGAGCCAGCGCCUAGGACAAAGUGGAUUUUUAAAAAAAAAGACUUGUAUUCCAAAGACAACGUAAAGGUAACUAAUGUUGACUACAAUACAAAACUAAAGGUUACUUCUGCGACCCGAUCUGAUUCGGGAGUAUACACAGUGCAUGCCGAAAAUGCAAAUGGAGAAGACUGUGCCGAAGUUAAAGUAACUGUCAUUGAUAUACCUUCUCCGCCAAACGGGCCACUUAAUAUUGAUGAGAUAAAUUCCGAAUCGUGUUCUCUGCACUGGAAUCCACCGGACAACGAUGGAGGACAACCAAUAGAUAACUAUGUUGUUGAAAAAUUAGAUGAAGCAACUGGUCGUUGGGUACCAGGCGGGGAGACUGACGGACCAAUCACCAGCCUUAAAGUAAAGGGUCUUACACCAGGUCAUAAAUACAAAUUCCGAGUGCGUGCGAAAAAUCGUCAAGGGCUUUCAGAUCCACUCACAACAUUACAUGCGAUCGAAGCCAAAAAUCCAUACGACCAACCUUCAAAGCCUGGCACUCCAACCAUAAAGGACUUUGACAGAGACUUUGUUGAUUUAGAAUGGAGUAGACCAGAAAGUGAUGGGGGCUCUGUUAUUACCGGCUACAUUAUUGAGAAACGCGACAAGUACUCUCCCGAUUGGGAAAAGUGCGCUGAGAUUAGUGAUGACAUCACCAACGCUUACGUGCCUGAUCUUAUUGAAGGUCUUAAAUAUGAAUUCCGUGUUAGAGCAGUAAAUAAGGCCGGUCCAGGGUCUCCCAGUGAUCCAACUGAACCUCAUCUGGCUCGACCGAAAAACAUGCCACCAAAGAUAGACCGAAACUUUAUGUCAGAUAUCAAAAUAAAAGCUGGUAACAUAUUCGAAUUUGACGUUCCAGUUACUGGUCAGCCUUUGCCAAGCAAAGAAUGGACUCACGAAGGCAAUAUGGUUAUUAAUACUGACCGAGUAAAAAUUGUCAAUGAUGAUGACCGCACCAAGAUAAGAAUACUUGAUUCCAAACGAUCCGAUACAGGCGACUACACUUUAAUAGCACGUAAUAUAAACGGUAUAGACAGGCACACCGUCAGGGUGUCUGUUCUGGAUGUACCAAGUGUGCCUGAAGGCCCAUUACGCAAUGGAGACACAACCAAAAACUCAAUAGUUUUGCGUUGGCGGCCUCCCAAAGAUGACGGUGGCUCAGAAAUAACGCAUUACAUUGUAGAAAAAAUGGAUAAUGAUGCCAUGCGCUGGGUGCCUGUCGGUGAAUGCACCGAUACCGAAACCCGAGCCGAUAAUCUUAUCGAAAAUCAUGACUACAGCUUCAGAGUUCGAGCUGUCAACAAGCAAGGACAAUCCCAACCACUCACAACCUCUCAGCCUAUAACUGCCAAAGAUCCCUAUUCACAUCCAGACAAGCCCGGUCCGCCGCAAGCUACCGACUGGGGCAAAGAUUUUGUGGAUUUAGAGUGGGCUGCUCCAAAAAGAGAUGGUGGAGCACCAAUUUCUUCAUAUAUUAUUCAAAAAAGGCCGAAGUUUGGUCAGUGGGAACGCGCAGCUGUUGUUCCAGGUGAAAAUUGUAAGGCACACAUACCAGAACUUACUGAUGGUGGAGAGUACGAGUUUCGGGUAAUUGCCGUAAACCAAGGAGGUCCUAGCGAUCCAUCCGAUCCAUCUGCUUCCAUUAUUUGCAAGCCUCGUUUCCUUGCUCCAUUCUUUGACAAGUCCCUUUUAAAUGACAUUACAAUUCAUGCAGGAAAGCGUUUAGGAUGGACAUUGCCUAUCGAGGCAUCUCCUAGGCCAUCUGUCAAAUGGCUAUACAAUGGAAAAGAAAUUGGCUCGAAUUUACGUGCAGAGACUGGUAUUUUCCAAAACGAAUUAACUUUUGAAAUUCAAUCAUCACUUAGAAGUGACGAAGGUCGUUAUACCGUCAUAUUAAAGAAUGAACAUGGAACAUUUGAUGCAUCUGCUCAUGCAACUGUUUUGGAUCGCCCAUCGCCACCCAAUGGCCCUCUUGACAUAACAAAGAUUACAAGAGAUGGAUGCCAUCUAACCUGGAAUAUUCCAGACGAUGAUGGAGGUUCGCCCAUAUUGCAUUAUAUAAUCGAGAAAAUGGACUUGUCUCGAAGUACUUGGACCGAUGCUGGCAUGAGCACACAUACUGUGCAUGACGUAACCCGUCUAGUUCAUCGCAAAGAGUAUUUGUUCCGUGUUAAAGCCGUCAAUGCAAUUGGGGAAUCCGAUCCGUUAGAAGCAGCAAGAAGUAUAAUAGCUAAAAAUGAGUUUGAUGAGCCUGAUUCGCCUGGAAAACCCAAUAUUACUGAUUGGGAUCGUGACCAUGUUGACUUACAAUGGGCAUCACCAAAGAGCGAUGGCGGAGCUCCCAUAAUGGAAUACAUUAUUCAGAAAAAGGAAAAAGGCAGUCCUUACUGGACUAAUGUUUUGCACGUACCCUCAAAUAAGACCAUAGCAACAGUACCAGAGCUAACUGAGGGUAAAGAGUAUGAAUUUAGAGUAAUUGCUGUUAAUCAAGCAGGACAGUCUGAGCCUUCAGAGCCAUCUGAUAUGAUUAUGGCAAAACCACGCUACCUGCCACCAAAAAUAUUAACUCCACUCAGUGAAAUACGUUUAAAAUGUGGGCUAAUUUUCCAUACAGAUAUUCAUUUCAUCGGUGAGCCAGUGCCAGAAGCGACAUGGACACUCAAUGGAUGUCCUUUAAAAUCAAACGAGAAGUCAACGAUUACAGCGAUCGGUCACCACACUGUAGUGCACACUGUUAACUGCCAAAGGUCUGACUCUGGAAUCUACCACUUAUUGCUACGAAAUAGUUCAGGAAUUGACGAAGGCAGUUUCGAACUUAUAGUGCUCGACCGUCCUGGAACACCAGAAGGUCCAAUGGAAUAUGAAGAAGUAACAGGAAACUCUGUAACUAUAUCAUGGAAACCUCCAAAAGACAAUGGAGGUUCUGAAAUAUCAUCUUAUAUUAUCGAAAAACGGGAUCUAACUCAUGGCGGUGGGUGGGUACCGGCAAUAAAUUAUGUCAAUGCCAAAUACAACCAUGCCAUGGUCCCUAGACUGCUGGAAGGAACGUUGUAUGAGUUUAGAGUAAUGGCCGAAAACCUUCAGGGACGCUCCGACCCACUUACAUCCGAUCAACCCGUGGUUGCCAAAAACCAAUACACAGUUCCAGGUGUACCUGGCAAACCAGAACUAACCGACAGCGACAAGGAUCAUAUUUCAAUCAAAUGGAAACAACCCAUUAGUAAUGGAGGAUCGCCCAUAAUCGGCUACGACAUUGAACGUCGUGACGUUAAUACAGGACGAUGGAUAAAAAUAAAUGGACAACCAGUAGCAACCACUGAAUACCAGGACGACAGGGUAACGCCGAACCAUACAUAUCAAUACAGAAUAUCAGGAGUUAACGCUGCUGGUAGCGGUAAGGCUUCUGAACCUUCAAACACAUUCGAUGCUAGGCCACUACGUGAAAAGCCAAGACUUUAUUUGGAUAGUUUGUUGGGAAGGCGUGUUAAAGUCCGUGCAGGUGAGCCUGUCAACCUAACUAUCCCCAUAGCCGGUGCUCCCACUCCUAAUAUUGAAUGGAAACGUGGUGAUUUCAAAUUCGAAGAAGGAAAACGUAUAUCUUAUGAGACUAAUUCGGAGCGUACUAUAUUCCGCAUUGACAAUUCGAACAGGGAAGAUUCCGGAAAAUACACAGUAACCGCCUUUAAUGAGUUUGGUAAAGAUACAGCUGAUAUUGAAGUUAUUGUCGUGGACAAACCAUCGCCACCUGAAGGACCGUUGAGUUACACAGAGACAGCCCCGGAUCACAUUUCCUUGAAAUGGAAUUCUCCAAAAGACAAUGGUGGCAGCGACAUAACAGGAUAUAUAAUUGAGUUCACUGAGUUUGGCUUAGAUGAUUGGAAGCCAGUACCAGGCUAUUGUUCCAAGACGAACAACACUGUGAAGGGCUUAGUAGAAGGAAAGAAAUACAUUUUCCGAGUAAGGGCUGAAAAUAUCUACGGAGCUUCUGAAGCUCUUGAAGGUAAGCCAGUAUUAGCCAAAUCUCCUUUUGAUCCUCCUGGUGCACCAUCUCAGCCAAAAAUAACUGUAUACACGCCAAACUCAGCUACCUUGGAGUGGCAUCCACCAGACUAUUGUGGUGGUAAGCCUAUAACUGGGUAUAUUGUAGAGCGUCGAGAGCGCGGCGGUGAAUGGAUUAAGUGCAACAAUUAUCCAACACCAAAUACAUCAUACACAGUGCCCGAUCUUCGCGACGGAGCCCGUUAUGAGUUCCGUAUAAUCGCAGUUAAUGAAGCUGGACCUGGCCAACCUUCAAAGCCAUCCGAUCCAAUGACUGCGGAGCAUCAACGCUAUCGUCCAGAUGCACCUGAGUCACCAAAACCCGAUCGUAUUUCCAGGGAUAACGUCACACUAUCUUGGCGCCCACCACGGAAUGAUGGAAAAUCCAGAAUCAAAGGGUAUUUUAUUGAAAUACGUCCCAAAAAUGAGAAAGAUUGGAAAAUAGUUAACGAUUUACCCAUUAACUCAACUGUAUACACAGUACCAAACCUUAAGGAAGGAGAGGAGUAUUCCUUCCGUGUUAUCGCUGAAAACGAAGUUGGACGAUCAAAUCCAUCUAAACCCUCACAGCCCAUCACGAUUGAAGAACAACCAAACAAACCUUGCAUGGAAUUGGGAGGAGUUCGAGAUAUAGUGUGCAGGGCUGGUGACGACUUCAGCAUUCAUGUGCCGUACAUAGCUUUCCCCAAGCCCAGUGCCUUUUGGUAUUCGAAUGACAGUGUACUGGAUGACGAUAACCGUGUACACCAGCAUUUGACUGAUGAGGCAGCUUCAUUUGUGGUGAAAAACUCAAAACGUUCUGACUCAGGUCAAUAUCGACUCCAGUUGAAGAAUCCAUCAGGAUUCGAUACAGCUACCAUUAAUGUAAGUGUUUUGGAUAGGCCAUCCCCACCAACACAUCUUCGAGCUGAUGAGUUUGCUGGCGAUUCAUUAACAUUGUAUUGGAAUCCACCGAAUGAUGACGGCGGGUCUCCCAUACAAAACUACAUAAUUGAAAAGAAAGAAGCUCGUGGAUCCACAUGGACUAAAAUUAGCAGUUUCUGCACAGUUCCAUUUUUAAGAAUUCGAAACCUUGUUAUUAACAAAGAGUAUGACUUCCGAGUGUUAGCUGAAAAUAAAUGUGGGCAAUCCGAUCCGGCCAAUACAUCAGAGCCCAUACGCGCACGACAUCCCUUUGAUGUCCCAAAUACUCCCGGUAUUCCUCACGGUAUUGACUCAACAGAAGAUAGUAUAACAAUAGCAUGGUCAAAACCAAAACAUGAUGGAGGUUCUCCUAUAACCGGCUAUGUGUUAGAGAAACGAUUGCUAAGCGAUGACAAGUGGACCAAGGCAGUUAACGCUCUUUGCCCAGACCUUACUUGUAAGAUACCAAACCUAAUUGAAAAUGCGGAAUACGAGUUCAGAGUAGCCGCAGUGAAUGCAGCCGGUCAAUCAGCGUUCAGUGGUUCAAGUGAUCUUAUUUUCUGCCGCCGACCGCCCCAUUCACCCAAGAUAACAUCCGAUUUAUCAAUUCGUGAUAUGACGGUAAUUGCAGGAGAUGAAUUCCACAUUACCGUACCUUAUCAUGCUAAUCCUCGACCAACGCCAUCAUGGAGUAUAAAUGGUAUUCAAGUUACUCCCGACGAGCGAAUUAAAUUUGUUUCUGACGAUUAUUCAUCAGUUUAUUACAAUAAAUCAGCCAAGCGAUGUGAAACUGGAUCGUACGCGAUUACUCUUACAAACAACAAGGGUUCAGAUACUGCAUCAUGUCAUGUCACUGUUGUAGACAGGCCAGGACCACCUCAGGGUCCAUUAAAUGCCUACGACAUUACUCCAGACACAUGCACCCUGGCCUGGAAAACGCCUCUAGAUGAUGGGGGUUCACCGAUUACAAAUUACGUCGUUGAAAAGUUAGAUACUAGUGGAUCCUGGGUGAAAGUAAGCAGUUUUGUUCGUAACAUUCAUUACGAUGUCAUGGGUCUGGAACCCCAACACAAGUAUUACUUCCGUGUAAGAGCAGAAAAUCAGUAUGGCUUGUCAGAUCCUUUGGACAUAUCCGAUCCCAUUGUUGCUAAGCAUCAAUUCACAGUUCCGGAUGAGCCUGGUCAACCAAAGGUUAUCGACUGGGACUCUGGAAAUGUCACAUUGAUUUGGACUAGACCAGCUGGUGAUGGAGGGUCCCGUAUUCAAGGUUACCAAAUUGAAUAUAGAGAUAUUGUUAACGACUCUUCUUGGAAUACCUACGACUACCUUAUAAAGGAUACCAAAUACCAGCUUUAUAAUUUAACCAAUGGCAGCGAAUACGAAUUUCGUAUAAGGGCAAAGAACGCUGCUGGUCUUAGCAAACCUUCUCCUCCGUCCUUGAGAUUUAAACUAAAAGGAAAAUUCAGUGUGCCUUCUCCUCCUGGUACCCCUCAAGUCACCAGGGUUGGCAAAAACUAUGUCGACUUAAAAUGGGAGAAAUCUUUAAGGGAUGGUGGCUCUCGCAUUACCAGCUACAUUAUUGAACGAAGGGAUAUCGGUGGAGCCGUUUGGGUAAAAUGUAAUGAUUACAACGUAUUGGACACCGAAUAUACGGUUAUUAACCUGAUUGAGAUGGGUGACUACGAAUUCCGAAUAUUUGCUGUCAAUUCCGCUGGACGCUCGGAUCCUAGCUUAUGCACGAUGCCAAUACGGGUUUGCGAGGUUCUUGGUGGCGAAAAACCCGAAUGGAUUAAGCGACUACAAGACAGGGUAGCACCUUAUGGUAAGGAUUUUACGUUGCAAUGUGCCGCAUCAGGUAAACCGAGUCCAACUGCUAGAUGGCUUCGCAAUGGGAAGGAAAUUCAAAUGGGGUGCGGUCGAUUUACUUGCGACAAUAAAGACGGACUUUUCCGACUGCACAUAUCAAAUGUGCAAAGUGGAGACGAUGCUGACUACACAUGUGAGGCAAUUAAUUCCCUCGGAUUCGUCCACACCUCAGGUUAUCUGAAAAUUGGAUCACCACCAAUCAUAAACAGAUGUCCCAACGAACUUUACUUACCCGAAGGUGACAAUACAAAGAUAAAGGUAUACUACUCCGGAGACCAGCCAUUGACUGUGAUACUAAGGAAAAACAAUGAAGUUAUAUCCGAUAGUAAUGAUGAAACACAUGUUAAAUUAAACAUAUUUGACGAUUAUGUAGCGAUUUGUAUUCGUGACAUUGUCAAAAGUGAUUCUGGCAAAUAUCAAAUAGAAUUCACGAAUGAUUCUGGUAGUGCCAUCGGGCAGUUUGAUGUAUAUGUUACUGGGUUGCCUACAGCGCCAACAGGACCUCUGGGAAUCUCUUUUAUUAACAAAAACUCCUGUACUUUAGGUUGGCGUCUGCCUUCCUAUGAUGGUGGUCUUAAAAUAACCCAUUACGUGGUCGAACGGAAGGAUGUGAAAUCACCGCACUGGAUAACGGUUUCUAGCACCUGCAAAGAUACUACUUUUAGCGUACAAGGUCUUAUCGAGAACCAAGAAUAUAUUUUCCGUGUCAUGGCUGUAAAUGAAAACGGAAUGGGUCCACCACUAGAGGGUUUGAACCCCAUCAGAGCUAAGGCCCCACUUGACCCCCCAUCGCCACCAGGCAUUCCUCAGAUAACAGAAAUUGGAGGAGAUUUUGUGCAUUUGGAAUGGAGCAAACCGGAAUCGGAUGGCGGUGCUCACAUUCAAGGAUAUUGGAUCGAUAAACAAGAAGUAGGCAGCAACACAUGGCAGCGUGUCAACGUUACCAUCUGUGCAGCCAAUCAAAUAAACUGCGUCAAUCUGAUUGAAGGUCGGCAGUACGAGUUCCGAAUCUUUGCUCAGAAUGUAGCAGGCAUAUCAAAGGAAUCAUCCGCUUCUCAAGUGGUCAAGAUAAUAGAUCCAAAGGGUGCUUCGCCUCCAUUGAUUGUGAAGCCGCUAAGCGAUGCCAAUUGUAUUCAAAAUCACAACGCCCAAUUCACAUGCACAAUAAGUGGUGUUCCUAAGCCAACCGUCACCUGGUAUAAGGGGGCUCGUGAAAUCAGUAAUGGCGCACGGUAUCACAUGUACUCAGAAGGCGAGAAUCACUUCCUAAAUAUCAACGACAUAUUUGGAGAAGAUGCUGAUGAGUAUGUCUGUCGCGCAGUGAACAAAGCUGGAGCGAAGUCUACACGAGCAGCAUUGGCCAUUAUGACUGCUCCAAAAUUAAAUGUUCCCCCACGAUUCAGAGACACGGCAUACUUUGAUAAAGGUGAAAAUGUUGUAAUUAAAAUUCCCUUCACUGGCUUCCCAAAACCUCGUAUACACUGGGUUAGGGAAGGUGAGAAUAUAGAGUGUGGUGGUCAUUACACUGUAGAGACUAAGGAAAGACAUGCUGUUCUUAUAAUUCGUGAUGGAUCACGCAUGGACUCUGGACCUUAUAGGAUAGCAGCUGAAAACGAACUCGGUUCGGAUACAGCAAUUAUACAAGUGCAAAUUAGUGAUCGUCCAGAUCCGCCGCGGUUCCCAUUAAUUGAAAGUAUUGGUAGUGAUUCUUUAUCCCUUAGUUGGAAAGCACCUGUCUGGGACGGUGGUAGCGACAUAACGAACUACUACAUAGAGCGUCGUGAACAUCCAUUAUCUUCGUGGAUACGGGUUGGAAAUACUCGAUUUACGUCUAUAGCAGUAUGUGGUUUGACUUCAGGGAAAGAGUAUGAUUUCCGCAUAUCAGCCGAUAAUGUCUACGGGCGUUCUGAACCUUCUGAAACUAGCACUCUGAUAAAGACCAAAGAGUCUACUAAAAAGAAACCGGUAGAACGUAAAUGGCAAAUCGAUACAAAUGGCAGGAAAGUGCGCGGUACGGCAGAUGGACCAAUUAAAGACUACGAUUCAUAUGUGUUUGACAUUUACUCUAAGUUCGUCCCACAACCAGUUGAAAUAUCCCAGCAAAGUGUUUACGAUAAGUAUGAUAUCCUUGAGGAAAUCGGUACUGGUGCAUUUGGUGUUGUGCACCGAUGUCGCGAAAGAAGCACUGGAAAUAUUUUUGCGGCUAAGUUUAUUCCAGUGUCACAUUCAAUCGAAAAGGACCUAAUUCGCCGUGAAAUAGAUGUAAUGAAUCAACUGCAUCAUCAAAAGCUUAUCAAUUUGCAUGAUGCUUUCGAGGACGAUGAUGAGAUGGUUCUUAUACUGGAAUUCUUAUCUGGUGGUGAACUUUUUGAACGCAUUACUGCUGAAAAUUACAUAAUGUCGGAAGCUGAAGUUAUAAACUAUAUGAGGCAAAUUUGCGAGGGCAUCAGGCAUAUGCACGAGAAAAAUAUUAUUCACUUGGAUAUUAAGCCGGAAAAUAUUAUGUGCCAAACUCGUUCCAGCACAAAUGUCAAGCUUAUCGAUUUUGGAUUAGCAACUAGGUUGGAUCCAAAUGAAGUUGUCAAAAUUACAACAGGAACUGCUGAGUUCGCUGCACCGGAGAUUGUUAACAGGGAGCCCGUCGGUUUCUAUACUGAUAUGUGGGCUACUGGAGUACUCGCUUAUGUUCUAUUAAGCGGGCUAUCACCAUUUGCUGGCGACAACGACGUUCAAACUCUUAAAAAUGUCAAGUCUUGCGAUUGGGAUUUUGAUGUAGAAUCAUUUAAAAACAUAUCUGAAGAGGCUAAAGAUUUUAUAAGAAAAUUGCUUGUUGCAAACAAAGAAAAGCGCAUGACUGCACACGAAUGUCUUCUGCAUCCUUGGCUUACAGGAGAUCAUAAGGGUAUAACACAGACAAUUAAUCGUGAUCGUUAUCUUGCUUAUCGGGAGAAAUUAAGGAAGAAAUAUGAAGACUUCGAGAGGUACCUGUUGCCCAUAGGACGUCUAUCAGAAUAUUCAUCACUACGAAAGUUGCUUAUGGAGAAGUAUAAGAUUCACGAUGCCGUUUUUGAUCGCCGUCAAGCAGCGCCACGCUUUGUAAUUAGACCAUCAUCCCAAUUUUGUUAUGAGGGUCAAAGCGUGAAGUUCUACUGCCGAUGCAUUGCAAUCGCAACACCUACUCUAACUUGGUCUCAUAAUAAUAUUGAACUACGGCAGAGUGUGAAGUUUAUGAAACGGUAUACGGGGGAUGACUAUUACUUUAUCAUCAAUCGAGUAAAGUUAGAUGACCGAGGAGAAUAUAUUAUUCGUGCAGAAAAUCACUAUGGCUCCAGAGAAGAAGUCGUUUUCCUGAAUGUUCAGCCCUUACCAAAAGAACAGCCUAGGUAUCGAACGGAAUCAACUCCGGUUCGCAGACGUGAACCUUUGCCGUACACCUUCUGGCAGGAAGAGUCAGAGACGGCACCCAGUUUUACAUUCCUUUUGCGGCCACGCGUUAUGCAGGCCCGCGAUACAUGCAAGCUGCUUUGUUGUUUAAGUGGCAAGCCAGUGCCAACUGUUAAGUGGUAUAAGGACGGUCGAGAACUUAGUAAAUACGAGUAUGCAAUGACGCAUUCUGAUGGUGUUGUCACUAUGGAAAUAAUUGACUGCAAGCCAUCCGAUUCAGGAAAAUACAGCUGUAAGGCAUUAAACUGUCACGGAACAGACGAAACAGAGUGUGUCGUUAUUGUUGAAGGAGAAUGGGUUACGCCUGAGCAGGCUCAACUUGCCCACAAUUUUCUUUAUUCAGGAGAUAGAAAAUACAUAGAACAGCCAAUGAAGCCUGCUCCUACCCCAAUAGUUACAUCCCGCCAGUUCGCCCCACUUUCAUCGCAGGGUACUUCGAAGUCUAGUAGCAAUAAUACAACAGGGACCAUCACAAGUUCGUCAGGCACGCAAAAUAGCAUUUCAAACAAAAAGAAGUAUGCGUCUAAUAGCUUACAGGCGCCUGGAAGCCCAUCUAGAUCACGAAGUGCAACUAAAGAGCUUAUACUUCCACCAGAUGAUUCACUAAUGUGCAAGCCGGAGUUCACAAAACCACUUCACGAUCUAACUAUUCGCGAUGGGGACCAGUUAAUACUAAUCUGUCAUGUAAAAGGAGACCCAGAACCCCAAAUCACUUGGUCAAAGAAUGGGAAGUCUAUAUCGUCUUCUGAUAUCAUGGACUUAAAGUAUAAAAAUGGUAUUGCAACUCUAACCAUCCACGAAGUUUUUCCGGAAGACGAGGGAGUUUUUACUUGUACGGCCACAAAUUCUAUUUGUGCUGUGGAAACAAAAUGCAAACUAACAAUAAUGCCGCUGGAUAAGAGCUCGCCGAAACGAAAAAUGAUUGCCGGCGAUAAAGCGCCAAAAAUAGUCAGUCACUUGGAGUCUAGACUCGUGAAAGAUGGAGAUGCAGUUACUUUGGCUUGCCGCAUUAUUGGAGCUGAAAACUUCGAUGUGGUUUGGCUGCACAAUAACAAAGAGAUAAAGCCAAGCAAGGACUUUCAAUACACAAACGAAGCCAACAUAUAUCGCUUGCAAAUUGCCGAGAUUUUCCCUGAAGAUAGCGGCACCUACACCUGCGAGGCUUUUAAUGAUGUAGGCGAAUCGUUUAGUACCUGCACAAUAAAUGUAAAUGUCCCCGGAGACGAGCCCAAACAUCCAUCUUUUGCCAAAUUUCCCAUAUCAGUUUCAAUACUUGAAGGAGAAAGUACCACGUUUACUUGCGAAAUAGAUUCGGAACUCCUUAAUUUAGUUUGGGUGAAAGACGGGAAGCCUGUUGACGAAACUCUUUCACGAUACUCAUUUACGAAGGAUGAAAACCGAUACGCUUUUACAGUUGCGAAAUGUAACAUGGACGACGUUGGUCAAUACCAGGUCAAAGCUGUUGCCAAAAAGGGCGAAAGUACAUGUGCAUUCUCAAUGAACGUUCACAACGCCGAAUGUUAAGACACAUUCGGAAGAUUUUAUACAUCGUUAAACCAACCAUUAAAACCUGCAUAUAUAUUAUAUACAUAUGUAUUAAAAGUAAGCCAAAAGUCGCUUUCAUCAUUCAAACAUAUAAAAAUGUACAUAGACGUUUAAGUGUAUAAAUAUAUGUAAAGUUUAUGCAUUUUAACGAUAUCGUCCAAAAACCUGCAAUAUCAGAUAUUAACGUGCUCAUACAUAAAUCGCGCAUUAUAUGUAGCAUUACUAUUAAACGAAAAAUAAUUUCUAGGGAAAUUUAAUGUAAUUAACUACCUAUACAUUUUUAUAUGUGGCAUCAACUCAUAGAUACUGAUCACUAUAUAGAGGUCUCAGCUACUUGGGUGACUACUGGCAUCCUCAAAAAAGAUCUAUUACACAUUAGUUAUUCAAGUAGUUGAAACUUAAUUCUCGAAAAUAGUUCUGCAUAACUUACGAAAUUUAAAGACAAAUGGCGAAAUUGACAUAAAAAUAAAUACAUUUUUUAAAUAAAAA